AUGGGCGUAAAAAGUUUUCUUAGUUUCAAGGCGGGGUACAUUAAUAUGGAGAGCGACUUGUACGUUGAACCAGUUCACCACGAGAUAAUCCUAGGCAUGCCGUCGGUGACCCAGUGGAAGACCCAAAUGCGUUCCUCUGAUGAUAACAUAGAGGCCUAUCCACGAGGAAGCGAUGCGAGUGUGCACCUCUCAGAGUUCCCGACGGUAUUUGCAUCUUCUAUGCUCAAAGGAGUGGAAACGGUGCCCCAAACAAGGCGGAGCGACGAGGCUUGUAUUGCACAGGCACUACAAUGGAUCCCUUGUCCACUGAAGGAAACGAAGGAUAUACGCAUGCACUCCGUCGUGAGGGUCUGGCCACCCGCUGGACGCUCAGUGCACCCCAUCGAACUCAUUCCCGGCUCAGCCCCGAGCUUCGUCCCAAGGUACAGGCACUUCUCAGAUCUUGAAGAGGAAAUUGUGCUACAGGUGGAAGAACUUAUAAAGGUUCGGCCGUCAACUAGCGCCUUUGGGCACAAUCCCGUGUUGGCGAAGAAAUGGGAAGGCAGGUGGCGCAUUUGCGUCGAGUUCAAGCCUCCCAACAAAAUCACGGUGAAACAGAAGUUUCCAAUUCGCCGGAUCGACGAAUUCCUUGACCAUUUACAGGGUUCAGCAGUAUACUCAGCAUUUGUCGUCGCUGAGGCAUUUUUCUGCAAAUCCCGAUUCACCCGGAAGAGAGGCACAAGAUGGCGUCCCUCCCCUUCACCCACAACCAUCAAUAUUUUUGGAUUUCGUGUUCCUGCAGCAGGGGCUGAACCAGGUCCAACUAAGGUCGAGGCGAUUCAGAGGUGGUCGAUCGCUGACCACACGCGAACGGAAGCACAGAAAUUCCUCUGGCUCGUCUCAUACUGCCGCAAUUUCAUUCCUGGAUUCACUCGCAUUGCUGCUUCUCUAAUUGACCUUCUUAAGAAGGACAGCGAGUUCAUCUGGACGGUGAAUGAGGAUGGACCCGCCCGGCGCCUCAUCGACCACCCGACUUCAUCCCCCGUACUCACGCUCCCUGAUCCUGACAGACCCUUUCUCCUCACGACCAAUGCCAGCGACACUGUAGUCGGGGUUAUGCUCUCUCAGCAGGCUAACGGCUCGGAAAAGCAGCAAAUAGCUGCUUGCUACUCACACCGUUCUACAGAGGGAGCGAAAGUAUCCGGUUCCUGA